CAGCCUCCAAGUGACAAAACUCAAACAAACCCUGUCUUUUCUCAGUAUCUGUUUCAUGCUUUCUUGAAGAAGUGAAGAACAAAUUAAAAUAAAAGCUCCAUAAAAAACCAAACAAGAAGAAGAAGAAUGGCAUCUUUUAUCUCAUCAACUUACAACACACCCCCUUUACUAAACCACCACCACCCUAAAUUCAACCCCCAAUUAUCUUUUCUUAUCUCCCACCAUCCAAACCCUAAAUAUUAUCUUAAAAAAAGACACUUGUUAUGCUUUGCUGCAAAACAACAAAAUGGGCCAGUCAAAAAGAGACAAUCUUCAACUAAUAACAAGAAACCAGUCAAAAAUAAGGGUAAAAAUGGUGGCUUUAGUAGUAAGGGUUUUGUAACUGAGCUUGAAAAUGAGGAUGAUGGUGUCUUUGAGGAGACUACUUCUUCUUCUUCUGGUGGUGGUGGUGGUGCUGGGAAAGUGAGGUAUCAACCGUUACCGUUGCCGAAACCGCCUGCUGGGUUUCUUGUGGAUGAUCAAGGGAGAGUUGUUGCGGUUUCGGAUAGACGAAUUGCUACUAUUGUUGAUCCUGCAAAUAAUUUUCCAUUAGAGUGUGUUAUUAGAAGAGUUUUUAGAAGUUCACAAGGGGAUGAAUGUAUGCUACUAUGCCCCAUUGAUACGCCAGUCCAGAUACUAAAGAGCACAAAUUUCGAAGGAUGGUCAGCUCUUAGCGAUGAUGAAGUUGAGUCAAUCCUCCCUACUGCCUCCUACGCUCUCGCCAAGAUUCACAUGCAUCUUGUAUAUAGUGGGUUUUGCUAUACAGCUCGUGGAGGAUUUUGCUACACUGAGGAUGACAUAUUUGAAUGUGGCACAGAUGAUGGUCAAGCUUUGGAUGGCUUGCCUACUGAAGGCGUUGAAAUAACAUGCUUUCAGCUGGAUGGUUCUCAUUACAUGAUCUACACCCCAUCUGAUCCACUUUUGUUUGUAGCUGUGAAGGAUGGCAAUGGUCAACUGCGGAUUGCUGAUGAUGAGGUACUCGAGGACCCUUUGACAGUUAGUGCAAUAGAUGAGGAAACCGAGUUCAACGCUUUGGUGGAAGAAGAGGCUGCUCUGUUGGAUUCACUACUAGGGAAAAGGUAGCAGAUUUCAUGAAAUACUGUGAACAGAUGAAAACCAGUGUAGUAAACAAUUUUUGGUUGUAGAUGUUAACGAAAACAACCCUUUCAUUAUAUUCUUAAAAAAACUAAGUCUGUAUAUAUGUUUUUUUUUACAGUC